AUGCGCCAAACUCUUCGCCGUUCGUGUGCUGCCUGUGCCAAAUCCAAAUCCAGUUGUGACCUUGGAACUCCACGUUGCUCUCGUUGCAUCCGGCGAAAGGUCGACUGUGCCUAUGCAAACGAGCCUGCGGCAGCGCCGGUAACUUCCGGUCAACCGAAGGGCGGAUCCUUAGGGCCUUUUGGCGGAUAUGAUGCCUUGAAUAGCUACAGAUUUGCAUCUGUUGAUCCUUUCGAUUCCUACCCGCCGACGAGAUUCCCUAGAGAGCACGUCCAACGUCUCAUCCAUGGCUUUCUUCACAAGAUCGCUUUCCAAUAUUAUCCGCUUGACCUAAGUGUGACUUCAAAUCCUUUUCUCAUAUCAUGGUGGCCACUUGCGUUAGGCGAUCCGGCAUUGUUUCACGUAUCUCUACAGACAGCAUGCCUUGAUGAGGAGCUCCUUGCCCAAAAGGGCUUUCAAUCAUCCGAAAUUCUCAUGGCUGAUUCGGUAGCUUUGCUCCGACGAAAAGUUGAAGAUGUGUCGCUGGCAGUUCAGGAUGGAACCAUGAACUCCGUCAUCACGCUAGCAACUAUUGAAUUCGGCAAGGGUAAUAUCAAGGUUAGCCAAAUGCAUGUUGACGGAGUCAAGAAGCUAGUCGACAUGAGAGGUGGCAUCAAUUCAGUACGGCAGACCAGUCCACUUACUGCUAGAAUGGUUAGCUGUUCAAAACAAAGGGUAUCAAUGCUCAUCAUGGGCCACCCUCAGUUCGAGACCCAGGAUGAUUUUGGUAUUGGAGAUGGUAUACCGCCGAUUCCAGAGUGGCAGUUAGAAUCGACCGCCAUAUGGGAAGACAACUUUGAUCUCAGCAAUAUUGAAAUCGAUCAUGCAGUCUUGAAUGUUUUCAUCCGUCUCCGCAACGUUUUCCAGCGGGCACAACAGAUACCUUUCUCGACAACCCAGAUCCAUGACCUUACAUGCUUUGUGGUGCACAGACUUCUACUCCCCGCUUCCGACGCAAUCACGCCCCAAAUGUCGCCCAUGACAGAAUGCAUCCGCUGCGCAAUCAUACUUUAUAUGUUCAUUGUUCAGGGACCCACAUAUUACUCGCAUGCAGUUAUACUAAACACGAUCGUCAUUCGACUUAUUGAGCACCUCAAGUAUCUUGCAACGGAUACUCGUGUCCUGGAUUCCCUUGAUGUUUGGCUUGUAACGAUUGGAAUGGCUGCUUCAACGGGAGCAGCCCAUCAUCAGAUGUUUAUGCAAAGAGCACGCGUCAUCGCAGCUUCACUACAACUGGAAAAUUUCCAAGACGCUCUACUUCACAUCAAAACUGUCCUAUGGUUAGCGACAUCUCAAGGCGAAGAUGUGUUUCGGCCUCACUGGGAUGCCGUAUUCGAUGUUGCGAAUCAAACAGAAUCGUCAUACCUCACGCUCUGUACCUCACCAAACAUCACCGGAACAACAUUUAUAUGA